AUGGCCGCUGUGAACAAGAAGCAGCAAAAUCGCCCAGCUAAGCGAAAGCUUGUUCGCUGGGAUGAAAACCUAAACGAGUUGCUCCUACUCACUGUUCAGUCGGUUUGUAACCGGGAGGGUGUCAGGAUCCCCUGGGCAGAAGUGGGCAAAACCAUGUCUGCAGACAUCAGCGAAGGAGCGAUCGUCCAGCAUCUUGCGAAAAUGCGUACUCGUCGCGUUCAGAGCAACAAGGCUGUUCCUCCACCUCUGCGUCGUGGCGGGUCUGGGACUGCCUCGUCAUCGUCGUCGUUGCUAUCAUCCAAGUCAUUCGAAACAUCGCCCGCCCCCUCGCAGGCUCCAAAACAAGAAAAAGACAAGGCUCAGAAAAGCAAGCCAAAUGCCAAGGCGAAGAAGCGUGCUCCGAUCGAUGAUGAACCGACCGCUGAUAUACCCAUCAAAACCUACAGUAGCGACGAAGACUGGGAGCCCUCGCAAGCCAGAAAAGGCGGUAAUACCAAGCGUCGGACGCCCCAGAAGAAACGCAAAACGGCUGUCCCCGUCGAUGACCAUGUUCAUAUCAAAGAUGAAGAAGAGUACAUUACCAUCAAAGGUGAAGAGGAAGACUCUGAAGACGAGGUGCUUUCGUCGGACACGGAGAUUCUCGCAGCAGAUGCCCCUUUUCUGCAAUUCCUGAACGACGAAGAAGACAAGGAAAUUUCUUCAGCCACUCCUGCUGACGCCGAGGAGGAAGCUGAAGAUGAAGAACCAGAAUCGCUCGUUGUCACUUUGAAACCUGGCAAAGAUAAACUCUGCAAGAUUGAGUACAAAGGCACUGGAAUCUAUCACGACAGAGACCCGGAGAGAAGAUGGCAUCUGCCUACCACCAGCAUCGAGGGCGAGAAAUGGGGAUUUUCCAAGGACUACUUCGGGCCCGUUCCAACAGGCUAUCAUGAUUCACAGAAUCCAGGCCUCCUCCGUGGUCAGUGGCCACUCGACGUUGUCAUGCGACAGUAUGAUGCACCGCAAGCCUUGGCUUGGGCAGGCGAAACGCAUGACCCGGAUCCUAGAAUUGUUCAUCCAGCCACAUGGCUCGACGAACCCGACUCUGAGCCUCAAUUGAAGUUUCAUCGCAACCUGCGUGCCGCAGAACAAAGCAAUCUUAUAGCUCGAGCAGUCGACCAGGAAAGAACAGACUACAAGGCCUACGAAAAAAAGCACAGAGAGCUUCCCACGUAUUUCGACCCAAGUUGGAAUACGGCGCCGACUCUCAGCGUGCAAGAGCACGAUGAUACCACAUACGAGACGCACGAUUUUUCAACAGGUAAUAAUUUACCAGCGGACCAGGGCGAUAUUUUACAUCAUAGCGAUUUCAGCAGCUUUGGCCAAGCCCGUCCACAGUUGGAAAAACCUUGGGACAAGAGCGGCUUGAUCGACCGCAAAUGGAACAACACCAUUGAUAACGAGAAUACUCCUGAUGGAGUAAUGCCGCCGGGGAAGAUAUUUGACCUUGAUCAAAUGCUCAGCAAUGACAUUCUUGACGAGGCCAAGAACGUGGCAUGGUGGACAACCUGA